UCAAGUUUGCGUGAUUUGUGGUGUGAGGCAAAGAAUUCGUGCAUGUUUUCGGUAUAGUCGCAGUUGGCCGGUGGUGAUUGCUUCACCCCACCAUGACGACCCUCCCCGAACUGACAGACAAGGAAAGCUGUUUGGAUUCCUUGCGCUCGUUGCCCCCAGCAAUACUAGCAGAAAUGUCGUUGUCCACUGGGAAAUCCUUGCCAAGAGAUGCAGGCAAAUUCGUUACCUGCAACGGAAUUUCUGGUGCUCAUUAUCUUCUCGCCACGAUGAUGGGGGCAAUGCCGAUGGCUCCACAAACUGCUCUUAAACUGGGCUUGGGGUUGUGCGUGCCAGAGGCAUGUGGACAAAAUGACGUGCCAGCUAUCCUGAAUUCCUCCGCGCUGAUUCCGGAUUUACGCGUUCUGACGAUUUCCAAUGUGCACGUGUCAGAUCCAGUGAAGGGAUUGGCAGCGCCUGGUAUUCGAUUCGGAUUCGCGGUGGCAAUUGUGAUGAUUUUGGUGCUCAUGAUUGCUGUAUCUACAGCAUAUGCAUGGGUGACCAACCGAUCUCAGGAUUCGCCGAACUCAAGGCUUGCAAGAAACUCCACUCUUACUCAGGCCUUUUCCCUUAUUGGCCGCAGUGGUACCUUGACAAAACUCGUCGAAUUGCCACCGUCGAAGCCAACUGAUUGCCUUAAUGGCUUGAGGGUUCUUGCCAUGGCCUGGAUCAUUCUUGGCCAUUCCUUCCUGAUGCCCGAAGGUGUAUCAGGAUACUUGAACCCACAAGACAUCACAAGUAGUCCAUUGAAUACAGCUUCAGCUGAGAGCAAUCCAUUGUUGAUGAUAAUCAUCCAAGCCGAGCAAAGUGUGGACACGUUCUUUUUUUUGUCCGGAUUCCUACUCUCUCACUUGAUGCUGAAAGAGCUUCAGCAUCGAGGAGCUCAUCCAUUGCUUGCCAUUUUGCUCCGGUACUUUCGCCUAACGCCGAGCUUGGCCCUAGCCAUGUUGGUGUACUAUGGAAUCCUGCCUUAUUUGGCCUUUGGUCCCUUUGCAGCCACGUUACAAGAUUCCAUUUUCCGGCGCUGUGAUGGGUCCUGGUGGUCAGAGCUGACUUAUACGAUGAACUUCAUCCCAUUUGACUCCGACAAAGCUUGCAUGGGUUGGACUUGGUAUUUGGGAGACGACAUGAUCUUCUUUCUGCUCGGAAGUGCCGUUGUACCCAUCUACCACAGGAGGAAGAAACUGGGCUGGUUGUUGCUAGUGUGCUUGAUUGGGCUAUCCAUGGGAGCCACUGCAUGGCUCAUUGCGCGAUAUCAUCUUUCGCCUUACGUGUUUGACAGUCACUACACCCAGUACUCAUACUAUGCUUACAGCAAGCCCUACACGCGUGCUCCAGCCUACUUUGUUGGCAUUUCAACAGCCUGGUUCCUUCAGAUGUUGGAAAACAAGGGAGUCACCAGAGAGACUCAGCCUUGUGAGCGGCGGCAGUUGCUUGCAACUAGUGCAGCGGUCGCUGCUGUUGCCAUACUGUGCUUGGUCGUUUUCAUUCCAGCAACAGACUUCGGCAAGAGGAAGAACAGCUGGAACGACUUUGAAAGUAUCCUUCUUCUGGACGUUGGCCGGGUUGCAUGGGCUUUGGCGUGGGCUGUGAUAACGGUCCUGUGCUACUAUGGCUAUUUGCCCUUGACCAAUGCUUUCCUGUCGCAUCCCGGAUGGACGCCAUUUGUCCGAUUGACCUAUGGUGCAUACCUGCUCCAUCCCCUGGUCAUCAAGUUGGCAGCCGGGACAUCAGUGCAGUACUAUACUUUCAGCGGGAUGGAAGUCUGCUACCGUUUCAUUGGAAACUGCUUGACGGCAUACGCAUCUGCUAUUGCUUUAUGGUGCUUGAUUGAGCGGCCAAUCAUGACGCUUACCACAGCAGGACUGAAACCGCGAGCCAUUCAACAGAAGAUCGAAUCCUCCAAUUCCGGACCAGCUUUAGAAUCUGCGGCUGGCACAGGUGAAAGCAGCGAGCCUUCACGUGGCGUUUUGCCCAGCUCUCCCUGAGGCUACGGCCCUCAACAGUCUUGAUAACUUUUCUAAAGGCCUACCCCGGAAAGUUUCGCGACACCAUAUUGAAACGGAAUGAAACAGCUUGCCUUGCUAUUUGUUUCCAUGUAUUUGCCAUUUGUCUACGCGUGGCCUCCCAUUUCCAGAGGGUUUGAGAUGCAUUUUGACCUUGAACUUCUGGACAUGGAGCCCGAUGAAGGAGCACUUGGCUUCACAUCGGGCAGAAAUACGGAAUCGUAGCCAUGGCACAUCACCUCAUAAGAAGUGGCCUGCUUUUAGAGCCCCAAAGAACUAGAGCUGUC